AUACAACUAGCGGAAACGUCAUGAAGUGACAGCAGCAGCAGCAGCAGCUCGCGGUGAGUCGAGCUCCGCAGCCGCCCGUUUCCCUUCGAGCACCGAGGCGGAUAUUGCAGCGGAGAGAGAGAGAGAGCGAUCGGACGAAAUCUAGUGUCCGUGUGGUCGAUCAGACCUCCGAUUCCCGGCCUAGCCAUGGACGAGCAGGCGGGCCCCGGUGUGUUCUUCAACAACAAUAACAACUCGGUCCUUCCCGGCGGAGCGAAAGCGCCACAACCGGGCGACGGCGGGGAGACGGCCCGCGCUCAGUACAGUAUUCCGGGGAUUUUACACUUUCUGCAGCACGAGUGGGCCCGUUUCGAGGUGGAACGAGCGCAAUGGGAGGUGGAGCGGGCCGAACUGCAGGCUCAGAUCGCAUUCCUGCAGGGCGAGAGGAAAGGCCAGGAGAACCUGAAGAAGGACCUGGUGAGACGGAUCAAAAUGCUGGAAUAUGCUCUGAAGCAGGAGAGGGCGAAGUACCACAAGCUGAAGUACGGGACGGAGCUCAACCAGGGCGACAUGAAGCCUCCCAGCUACGACUCAGAUGAGGGCAAUGAGAACGAGGCCCUCCCUGAGCCUCCCAACAGUCAGCUGAGCUGGAAACAGGGACGACAGCUGCUGAGACAGUACCUGCAGGAGGUGGGAUACACCGACACCAUCCUGGAUGUGAAGUCCCAGCGGGUCAAAGCGCUGCUCGGACUGGCCGGAGACAGCGGAGAGAGACCCGGAGAGAAGCGGCCCGAACCCAUGGUGAACGGGACCGAGCCGUCCUCGAUGAAGGACAGCACCAGCACCAUGAUCGGUAAACCCGAGAUGUCGGACUCGGCGACGGUGCUGGAAGCCUUCAAGUUCAUCGAGAAAGCAGCGGCAGAGUUCAGUGAUGAAGACGACGAUGAUGACAGUGAGGGACAAAACAAGACCAUCGUCGACCUCGCCACCAUGGUGAGGAGGAAGGUGUCUCCAUCUCCCUCCUCUUCCUCAGCAGACAUGAGUGAUGAUUUGGACACAGAUGAAGUUCUGAAGGGCUUUGAUUUCCUGGCCAAUAGCGAGGACAUGGAGGGCCCGUCCGAAACGCCUUCCUCCGGAGACAGAACCUACUGGGAGAAGGAAGAGCAGAGCCCCUCGUCUGAGUCCUGGGACGUGGAUGAGGGUCUGAUCUCUAAACUCAAGGAACAGUACAAGAAGGAGCGCAAGGGCAAGAAAGGGGUGAAGAGGCCGAACAGGUGUAAACUGCAGGACAUGUUGGCUAAUCUGCGUGACGCAGAGGAUUUGUCGUCCAUCCAGCCUCCGGUGGCGCCGCCGGUCCGUCCCAGCCUGCCCCGUCUCAACGAGCAUCAGCUGGGCCGCACAGAUGAGGGUAUUUCUGCCUCCGUCACAAACAUGAUCCACUUCAGCCCUCUGCAAACAGCUCAUGUGUGUGAUUGUGUUGCAGUCGAAGCGCUGACGUUCCCUCCCUCCUCGGGAAAGUCCUUCAUCAUGGGAUCGGACGAGGCGCUGGAGAGCGAACUUGGUCUCGGAGAACUCGCCGGACUCACGGUGGCCAACGAGGCCGAGAAUCUGUCCUACGACAUCACUAACAACAAAGACGCCCUGCGGAAGACGUGGAACCCCAAGUUCACCCUCAGGAACCACUUCGACUCCAUUCGCGGUCUGGCGUUCCACCCCAUCGAGCCGGUCCUGAUCACGGCGUCUGAAGACCACACGCUGAAGAUGUGGAACCUGCAGAAAACCGCUCCGACCAAGAAGUGUGCAGCUCUUGAUGUGGAGCCCAUCUACACGUUCAGGGCUCACAGGGGUCCGGUUCUGUGUGUGGUGAUGAGCUCCAGUGGAGACCAGUGUUUCAGCGGAGGUUUGGACGGAUCCAUUCAGAGCUGGAACACUCCGAACCCGAACAUCGACCCCUAUGACUCGUACGAGCCGUCUGUGCUGCGGGGGGCGCUGUGCGGACACACAGAUGCAGUGUGGGGAUUGGUCUACAGCUCGGCUCAUCACAGACUGCUGUCCUGCUCCGCCGACGGGACGGUGCGGCUGUGGAACGCUGCAGAUGCCGCUCCCGCCAUCGCCGUCUUCAACGAGAACAAAGAGCUGGGCGUCCCGUCGUCCGUGGAUCUGGUCUGCAGUGAUCCGGCUCACAUGGUCACGGCGUUCAGUAACGGCAGGAUGGGCAUCUUCAACAUGGAGACCCGACAGCUGCUUCUGGAGCUCGAGUCGCAGACGGCCGGAAAACCCGAUGCGCCGUGUCAGAUCAAUAAAGUCCUGAGUCACCCGACGCUGCCCGUCACCGUCACGGCGCAGGAGGAUCGGCACAUCCGGUUCUUCGACAAUAACACAGGCAAGUUGAUUCACUCUAUGGUGGCUCAUCUUGAUGCCGUCACCAGUCUCGCGGUGGAUCCCAACGGACUCUAUCUGAUGUCUGGCAGUCACGACUGCUCCGUGCGUCUGUGGAACAUGGAGAGCAAGACGUGCAUCCAGGAGUUCACCGCUCACAGGAAGAAGUUCGACGAGUCCAUUCACGACGUGGCGUUUCAUCCCACCAAGUGCUACAUCGGCAGCGCGGGAGCCGACGCCCUCGCCAAAGUCUUCGUAUGACCUUCGACCUCCGACCAAAACUGCUUCCACGAACUCGAAGCCUGAGCGGGAGGCGAGGGCUGAUGAUCCGGGCAGGCCUGGUGCUGGAAGGGAAGCGCACACACCGCUGCCCUUCACCGAGGGACGCGUCUGUUCCUCCACCAAACACCUCCUCCGUUCAGCCUCACAGGAAGUUGGGCGCUUCCCACACUUCUGUAGUUUUACGUUCAUUAGUUUUCCUUUCGUUGUUUCUCUCCUGAUGUGAGCGUGAGUGUGUCACUCUUUCUGAUUUCUCUCCUUUUUAAACGACGUGCCUUUUGCUUCAAACAGUCGGAUUCUCUCCGUUCCUCUCCGGCGAGGGAAAUGAACCUCGCCGGUGUUUUAAACUCACCAAAUACGUCAAAUUAUUGCGAGUUAUUGAGACGGACGUCAUUUUAAACACUGAAACUAGCUUAUCUGGUGCGUUUCUCAGAUACACACCGUGAAAUCUCUGAAUUAAAGGACUAGAAUAUGAUCCUCUUGUCUGACAGACGUUGUUAAUUUAUUCAAUUCAAAUUGUACAUAAUAUAACAUAAAACGACUCGAUGUUUGAAACCUUGCGGCUCAGAAAAAUUCUACAUUUCUAAAUGUUUGUGUCGGAACAUAAAUCCACUUUCAGCAUCAAGAAGCUCAUUUCACCCCAAAAUCAAGAGAAUAUUUGUGUCAUUAUGUUAAACAAAACAUUGGAUCUAAAAAUAUGCUCAUUUACAUAUUUCUUUUGAUUUUAUGGUGAAAUCAGUCGGCUUCUUGAGAUUCAGUCAUCAUAAGCGCUACGUUUAAUUAAUAAUAUUAAUAUGAAGUCGAUGUUUUACGCGUGAACCUGCGGUUUCUCCUGAGGGUUGAUCCGAUGAAACUCAGUUUGACGCCUCGCCUGAUGUUUUUAUUUUUAAAAACUGUGAAAUCAUCAUCUGUUUAACGCCAACUUUGUGUUGUAACAAACAUGGAGACCAAAUCUCUGGUCAGAUCUGUAACGGUGAUCGUUUGACUAGAGUUCGACCCGUUGAUGAAUAUUUGUCGUUUAAGUGAUCAUGCAGAAAAGUCUUAUAAUAGUUUUUUUGACAAGCUGUACACAAAGUACAAUGAUUCGGAGGUCUAUUUUUGUCUGAAAUCUGUUGUGAUGUUUAUUUAUUUUUUUGCCUUUUUCCUCUUUUUGCCUGUAAUGCCAAAUGAAUAACUAGUUAUCUGGUCAGAUGUAAUCUGGGACUCGGUGACAUCGGUAUCGUUCGCUCAUCCUCACCUUCUCUAGCUGCACAGGUGGUGGUUUAUGUAUUAGAAGAAAAUGAUUUGAAAUCUAUAGUUUGGAACAGAUACUAGUGUUUUUUAUCAUUGUAUGACUGGUGAACGGUUGCAGAUAGAUCGUAACCCACGUAUUGCAGGUUGAGGUUUUUUAUUUGAAACUCUUCGGCUUUAUUUGAACUCGUCUGUGAUUACUUGAACUCUCUAGGCGUGCGUGUGCAGGUCUGCGUGUUUUUAACUGCUAGGAUAGAGAUUUUCUGCUUUUAUCGGGAAUCGUUUGCCUUUAACUGAUGACAUGAGCACUACAAGACAACUGAGUGUUUGUGCGUUUCCUUCAGGUCUGUGAAUCGCGACGUGUGGAAAUGGCGGAAGUUUGCUACUCGACCAAAUGUUGUUAAAGGCCUAGUUUAACCAAACUUGAAAUCUGUCACCAUUUACUCGCCCUCAAACCCAUGUGACUAUCUCUUUAAAACACAGAUGAAUGUGUGAGCUGUGGAAGCUUGUUUCCACCAUGGGGGAAAAAAUUAAAAAGGUAAAUGCGACAUUUUAUAUCAAAUUUUUCUCUGAAUAUGAGUUUAUAUCUUACCAUUCUGGAGAAAAAAAGUUAAUUGUGGAUAAUUUCUCGCAAUUCCAAACGUAAAACUCACAAUUGCCUUUUUUUUUCGGAAUUGUACUACAAAAACUAGAAAUCAUGAGGGAAAACGAUAGACUUAAAAAGUCGAAUUGCGAGAUAUUAACUUGAAAUUCUGAGGGGAAAAAAAAUCAGAAUUGCAAAUAAUUCCAAAUUUGUAAGACAUAAACUAGGAGACAUAACUAGGGUUAUGAAGUCAGAAUUGUGAGAUAUAAACUCGUAAUUAAAAUUAGUAAUUGUGACUUUUAAUAUCACAGUUUUGACUUUUUCUUGCAAUUUCAAGUUUAUAUCUCACAAUUCAAACUUUUUUCCUCAGAAUUGUGAGAUAUAAACUGUUUUGUAUUGAUUGUAUUGUAAGAGACUCGCGAUUAAAAAAAGGUAAUUACGACUUUUUAUAUCACAAUUCUGACUCUUUUUUUUUUUCUCUGAAUUUUGAGUUUAUAUCACAAUUCUGAGAAGAAAAAAGUCAAUUGCGAAUAAUUUCUUGUAAUUCCAAAUUUAAAACUCACAAUUGACUUUUUUUUCGGAAUUGGAAGACAAACUAGGAAUUACGAGGAAGAAAACGAGAGGGUUAUGAAGUCUGAAUUGCGAGAUAUAAACUUGAAAUUCUGAGGGGAAAAAUUUCAGAAUUGUGAAAUAUAAACAAUUAAAAAUGGUAAUUGUGACUUUUAAUAUCACAGUUUUGACUUAAUCGCAAUUGCGAGUUUUUCUCGUAUUCUUUUUUUCCUCAGAAUUGUACGACAAAAACUAGGAAUUAUGAGGGAAAACGAUAGACUUAAAAAGUCGAAUUGCAAGAUAUUAACUUGAAAUUCUGAGGAAAAAAAAUCAGAAUUGCAAAUAAUUUCUCGCAAUUCCAAAUUUGUAAGACAUAAACUAGGAAAAAACUAGGGUUAUGAAGUCAGAAUUGUGAGAUAUAAACUUGUAAUUAAAAUUAGUAAAUGUGACUUUUAAUAUCACAGUUUUGACUUUUUCUCGCAAUUGCAAGUUUAUAUCUCACAAUUCAAACUUUUUUUCUCAGAAUUGUGAGAUUGUGAUUGUGAGAAAAAAGAUUGUAUUGACGAGAGGGUUAUGAAGUCUGAAUUGCGAGAUAUAAACUUGAGAUUCUGAGGGGAAAAAUUUCAGAAUUGUGAAAUACAAUUAAAAAUGGUAAUUGUGACUUUUAAUAUCACAGUUUUGACUUAAUCGCAAUUGCGAGUUUUUCUCGAAUUCUUUUUUUCCUCAGAAUUGUGAGAUAAAAACUAGGAAUUGUGAGAAAAAAGAUUGAAUUGUGAUGCUAGCAAUUUACAAAAAAAAUAAAUAAACGACUCACAGUUCUGAUAUUUUUUUCCUUCAAAAUGUGAUAUAUAAUCUCGCAAUUGCGAGAGAAAAAAGUCAAAAUUGUGACAUAAAAAGUAGCAAUUAACGUUGUAUUUUUGAGCUGCUCAUAUUACAUAAACUCUGACGUGCUGAAAAAGCAGGAUUGGAACAUGAGGGUGAUUAAAUUGUUCUUGUUUUCAUUUUUGGAUUCUGUUCCUUUAAAUUUGAGGCACGUUUGCCGUUAAGCUCGUGCACAGAGAGCGCGCUGGUUUGGGACGUUGAAAGGGAACCGCGUGCGUGCGCGUCCGUGUUUUCGUACUAGUAAAUAUAUUUUCUGAUUUCGUUCAUUUUGGUGCGUAUUAAUUUUAGAUAUAUAAGAAAGAAUCUCAAUAUGUAUAGUUUUAAAGUAUUGAUCAACAAUCUAUUUAUGAACCAGAAUACAGUGUAUAUUAACCUGCGAAGCUAACAGUGAAGAUUAACCGAUAUUUGUGAUACUAGUUGUGCGGGAGAGUAGUUCGCGCCACCUGCUGGUCAGAGAUGGGAACUGUACAGCUGACUCGGCUACUAAAGAUACUAAAAUGCUAAACGGAGAUUUGAUUACUGGUUACUGAUCGAUCGACGCGCUUCAAUAAUUAUCGGAAACAUCAGAGUAUUUGAAGGGAGUUUGAUUGCACGAUCGGACGAUGACGUCAUGACGUUCCGCCUGUAUGUCACUGAACUUUUACCCUUUUGGUUGUAUAGAGAGAGCUUGGAAAGAUUGUUAAUAAAUGCUAUACUCCUCUUGUACAUAUUUUAUUAUUGAUAUUACAGUUUAUUCUUGAUUUCUUGUUGUAUUCUCUUUUUUUCCUCAGAUGGACAUUUAUCAAUAUAAUACAAUAAUAAAAGAAUAUGUUGUA